CUUUUGGCUCCUAUCAAAUGACCUGUCACGCUAGCUGCGGUCGGUCUUCCGUGAUAUCCACUACAAUUUUUCGUGUCAUACAUUAAUAACUCUCAUAUAAUAUAAUAAUUUAAUAUUCUGUUCAAUGUGAAAAGAUUUAUAUUUUCCUGGAGUGUUACGUCGAGCGUGCAGAACGUUUUUUACAUUUGACCGUUCGAUACGGAUCUCAAAUCGAUAUUUCUUUUAAAUUGCAAAUUUAUUUGAUAUGAAAUAGCGAAAAAUUUGUUGACAUGCAGUUGAUCAUAAUUUCAAUGGAUUAAAAAAUUAAUACGGAAAUUAAGGAUUUACUUUAUAAUUUAAAACGGCUUUGAAAAGGAUUGCAAAAUUCCAUUCUGCAAUAAAAUGACCGCGGAAAGUAUCUCAGAGGACCGUCAGCCGAACUGGUCGCAAGACACGCCGACGGUGCAGGAAGUUAGCGAAAUGAUGCGAAGCUUUGGCAUGUGGGACUACGCGGUUUUUGCAUUGAUGUUAGUCAGUUGCGGCUUUAUUGGCAUUUAUUUCGGCUUUAUUAAGAAAUCAUCCGGAAUAGCUGAAUAUCUCGUCGGUGGUAGGAACAUGAAAACGCUUCCAGUCAGUUUAAGUCUAAUAGCCACUUUCAUAUCUGGUAUUUCAUUGCUGGGUACACCAACAGAAGUUUAUGUGCACGGUACCAGUUACCUUUUUGUUGGUGUCGGCACAGUUAUCGUCGCUUUCGUAAUGUCUGCAGUCUAUUUGCCGAUUUUUCAUGAGCUCAAACUUACAACCACUUACGAAUAUCUCGAAAAGCGGUUCGAUAGGAAAAUUAGAACUCUAGGCUCGAUACUGUUCGCGAUCGGCAUCAUAACGUGGCUUCCUAUUGUUAUUUACGUGCCAGCGUUAGCUUUCAAUCAAGUCACAGGCGUGAAUAUACAUGUAGUAACUCCGUUCGUUUGUAUCGUGUGCAUUUUUUAUACGUGCGUGGGCGGCAUACGGGCAGUAGUAUGGACAGAUUUUAUUCAGACAUUCAUAAUGUUCGGUUCUAUGCUGUUAAUUAUUGUCAAGGGUACAUCCGAUGUAGGGGGAUGGGCGUUAGUAAUAAGGAGAAAUUUAGAAUCUGGAAGACUUGAAUUCCCCUCGUCAGAUUGGAGUCCUCUAACGAGGCAUACGAUCUGGUCCCUCGUAAUAGGUGGUUUCUUUCAUUGGUUGCAAAUAUCCGCUCUCAAUCAGAACAUGAUACAACGAUACCUUUCAUUGCCCACGUUAAAAUCCGCUAGAAGAGCGCUUUGGACUUUUACAAUCGGAGUCUUGAUUUUAAUAGGAAUAUGCGGCUACGCUGGAAUGUUAAUAUAUGCAUGGUACCAUGUAUGUGAUCCACUUACAACGAAGUUAGUAACUGCGAAGGAUCAGUUGUUGCCACUACUCGUUAUGAAUGUAUUAAGUGAAUUUCCGGGCCUUCCAGGUCUCUUUGUUGCCGGAGUAUUUAGCGCAGCAUUAAGUUCUUUAUCGACUGGCUUGAAUUCUAUGGCCGCGGUAGUGUUAGAAGAUUUCAUUAAACCAUUCAGAAAGACGCCUUUUUCUCCCAAAAGUGAGGAUCGUUUAGUGAAAAUCAUAGUGGUUACUCUCGGAAUAAUCUGUGUAGCGCUUGUAUUCGUCGUUGAAAAAACAGAGUCUCACGUGUUGCAGUUGACUACGACCUUAAGUUCCAUUGCAAGUGGACCAUCUCUUGGAAUAUUCAGCAUGGGUGUCUUGUUGCCCUGGAUAAAUGCUAAAGGUGCUCUGAUAGGUGGUCUGUCCGGUAUAAGUUUUAUGGGAUGGAUCGGUCUUUCGGCGGAAACGGCAAUUGCUCGAGGAACAAUAAAAUUCGACGAAAAACCGGUAACUACGGAAGGUUGCUAUUAUACGUUUCCUCAAGUCGAAAACUUGAUGCUGCUCGAACCUCCAGAUACGUUCUUGGAUAACGACGAUCUACUCCCAGAACCGUUGGCAUUGUUCCGACUUAGCUACCUUUGGUAUACAGUCACCGGGGCGUUAGUAACAAUGACGAUUGGUCUCCUUGUGAGUCUUAUCUCGUCUCAGGACGUUGCAAAAUUAGAUCCCAUGCUAUUGGCUCCGUUCAUACGGAAGUGGUUGACAAACUAUAACAAGGAAUCUCGACGAGAGGCCGAAUCUUUAGAAAUUGAUCUGGAAGUACGUAGAAGGGGAGAGGAAAGGAUAGUUGAAAGCGUGUUACAUUAAUACGACCUUGAAUGAUGAUCAUGAUGAUGCCGAUCAAAUCAGAGGUCGGCAAACUGUACGAGGCGAAGUAUUUGGUUGGCAGGCUAAAAUAUCGAAUUAAGGGGGUUGAGUCUAAAAUAAGUUAGAUCAAUGAAAGAAAUAAAGUACAAAAUGACUCGAGUUUCAAUUUAAAUCACUCGCAAUGUCAAGGGAGAAGAAAUAAUGUUCUGCUCAACAUGUAACCGAGCGAAACGUGGUCCUAUUUCGGGGGGAAUAAUAACUCCAUUACAUUUUUUUUCUACACUUUACAUUAGACGUAUUGUAUUUCAUUGGAUAUUUCAGCAUUCAUGGAAAUGUACAAAGAUAAUAUGUGCAUUAUU